AUUCAGCUAAACAAGUCCUUUACUUAUUUGUCUACGCUUGAUUCUAAAAAUCAUAGCAGAUUUAUAAUGGAGCCCAUUGAGGACCCACCUGUGUUACCGCGUAAAAAGUUUCCAAACAAAUCCCUUCUUCUGGCAACCUUUGCUGCUUGUAUAGGAGGAAGCUUCCAGUAUGGAUAUAACGUCUCCAUCAUUAAUGCACCCACUAAGCAUGUGCAAGAGUUCAUCAACCAAACGUGGACAGUGCGUUAUCAGACUGGAAUGGCAGAGGACGCUCUCACCUUUUUGUGGUCCAUCAUUGUGUCAAUAUUUACCCUUGGAGGACUAGUAGGAGUGUCCAUUGGAGGAACAUUGUCAAUAAAGCUGGGGAGGAAAGGGACGUUGUUGACUAACAACAUUCUGGCAAUAACUGCGGCACUGAUGAUGGGUCUGAGCUAUGGAACAGGAUCGUUUGAACUCAUCAUCAUCGGCCGUCUUAUCAUUGGAGUAAAUGCAGGCAUUGGCCUUUGUGUUCAACCUUUGUACUUGACCGAAAUCGCUCCGACUGCCAUCCGUGGCCUCCUGGGAAUGGGGACCUCUGUUUUUCUCACUGGGGGGAUCCUGACUGGACAAGUGAUGGGGCUCAAAGAGCUGCUGGGUAGAGAAGAGUAUUGGCCCAUUCUGCUGUCCACCACGGCUAUCCCAGCGAUCAUGCAGCUCCUGACCCUCCCCUGGUUCCCGGAGAGUCCUUGCUUUCUCCUCAUUGACAGAGGAGAUGAUGAGGGAUGCAAAAAAGCCGUACAGCAACUUCACGGUGCUGCAAAUUGUAAAAAGGAAAUGGAGGAAAUUGAGAAAGAGAGGAACAACCUGGCUGAAAUCACGGCCAAAAAGCCGUGGGAACUGUUUGCGGACCGCGACAUGCGCUGGCAGCUUAUCACCAUCAUUCUUCUCAAUGCAGCUCAGCAGCUCAAUGGAAUCAACGCCAUCUAUUUUUACGCAGAUUAUGUGUUGAGAGAAGCAGGAAUUCCUAAUGACAAAAUACCGUAUGCAACCGUGGGCACUGGUGCCUGUGAAUGCCUCACUGCUUUGACAUGUGGUUUGCUCAUUGAGAGGCUGGGAAGGAGAGUGCUGAUUAUUGGGGGAUACACGCUGAUGGGUAUCUGCUGCAUUUUGUUCACUCUGACCAUGACCUUACAGGAAACCAGUUCAGUUUUUCCUUACCUGAGCAUGGCAUGUAUUUUUGCCUUCAUUCUGAGCUUUGGAUUAGGACCUGGCGGUGUGACUAACAUCUUGACCGUGGAACUGUUCACACAAAACUCACGGCCUGCAGCUUACAUGAUUGCAGGUUCCAUAAACUGGACCAGCUUGUUUUUAAUCAGCAUGAUCUUCCCUUUUAUUGUGAUCCAUCUGCAGCAGUACUGCUUCCUGGUGUUUAUGGGAAUAUGCACUAUGGUGGCGAUUUACAUCUUCUUUUUUAUCCCUGAGACUAAGAACAAAACCUUCCUGGAAAUCCAGAAUGAGUUUAAGUCCAGAAACAAAAAGAAGGGCAGCAGCACUGAUGACUCUGGAAUGACACUGUUUGCAUCUUCAGGAUAAAAUCUCAAGAUUGUAGUUUUCCAUCCAUCCAUCCAUCUCCUUCCGCUUAUUUUAUUUUAUUAUUUUUGUUUUCCCUUUUCCUGCUUUGUUUAAAUGCUUAAAGAUAGCUCCACAUCCAUGCACUGUAUGAUGUUGUGACAUUUCAAGUUUUUGUCAUUGUUGUAAUCUUUUGUCAAUUUUACUGAAUGGUCACUAAACUUUUCAUGGUCAAAAGCUCUGAAUUGUUCUAGGUGGUAGUAGAGCCCUAUUUUUGAGUGAAACAAAAACUAAAAAAACGUGUUAUUUGAGGAUUGAAAUGAAAUGGGGAGAAUGACUGAGCCAGAACCUGCAGAAAAGUGGAGAAAGAAUGAGAAAAAUUAGAGAAAAAGAAGGUAAUACGCUAGUAUUCGAUUUUGCAUCCUCUUCUACUGAUUUUUUCCUCAAGAUGCCUGAGGAAAUGUUGAAAGAACAUGAGUUUAAAACACAGGCUAUGAUGUCUAUGGAAGAGCAUGAAAGUCCGGAAAUGGAGAUUAUUUUAUAUUCCUUAUUUGCCUGUAAUGUUAAUCAUAUCAUCCAUCCAUCUAUCCAUUUUCUACCCUUUGUCCCUCUCGGGUGUGUUGAAGUAAUCAUGGACCAGGGUGACAAAAACAUGCAAUUAAGUGAUCAAAAUAAUUGUUUUAUAUGCCUUUAUCUACACUGUCUAUGCGGGAGAAUGUGUUCCUGUCACCGCCUGCUGCCACCUUGUGGUUUGUAUGUUCAGUUUUCCUUUGUUGGUGCAGCACCUGGUUCUUACUUUUUGUCUUCCUCUUAGAGUUCCUGUGUUUCCUUGUGGGCGGAGUUGUGAGCAUUCUUGCCAACCCUCCCGAUUUUCCCGGGAGAGUCCCAAAUUUCAGUGCCCCUCCCGAAAAUAUCCCAGGGCAACCAUUCUCCUGAUUUCCACCCGAACAACAAUAUUGGGGGCGUGCCUUAAAGGCACUGCCUUUAGCGUCCUCUACAACCUGUCGUCAUGUCCGCCUUUACUCCAGACAAACAGCGUGCCGGCCCAGUCACAUAAUAUAUGCGGCUUUAACACACAUAAGUGAAUGCAAAACAUACUUGAUCAUCAUCCAUACAGGUCACACUGAGGGUGGCCGUAUAAACAACUUUAACACUGUUACAAAUAUGCGCCACACUGUGAACCCACACCAAACAAGAAUGACAAACACAUUUCGGGAGAACAUCCGCACCGUGACACAACAUAAACACAACAUACCCAAAACCCCUUGCAGCACUAACUCUUCCGGGACGCUACAAUAUACACCGCCGCUACCACCAUUUUUGCUACUUACCUUCUUGGCUAUUUCCAGUGCCAUCCAGCUUAGCGUACUAUGGUAGUUUGCACGUCUUGCAACUCCGACCCAAGUUUAGUUAUUUUUCUGUAUUAGCUUUUGCCCUUUUUUCACGGUGCUCAUUUUGUGUUCUUUUUUUCGCACCGUCGCUUUUUGUUAUGUCCUCAUUGUUGUGAGUACUUUUUCUUUAUAUAAAGAACUGUUUUACUCACAGUCCAUCUGCAUCCUUGGGUUCCUCUGUUCUGCAUUUAAUUGAACUGUGACAACUCCAGUUCUGUAGAUGACAUCACACGCGGCAUAUUGGA